CUUGCUGCUUGGAGGUCACUCCAAAAACAUCCCAGCAGAGCCCAUGGUCUUCCAGCACAAUAUUUGAUCAGGAGUCUGGGCAGGUACCAACCUUGGCACAUACAUGCUCUUUAAUACACAGGAGGAUCACACAGGCGAACACUGAAGCUCUGGGAAAAGGUGUCUCUGAGUCUAGGUUGGUCCAAAGUUUGUGGCACAAUGCACUGGGCUUCUGUUCUGAUUAUAGUUGGCCUCUUCAGAGUGUCCUUGAGCCAGUACGAUGAUCAGUAUGAGGACGUCGUCUGGCUACAGCACUAUUUACGCAGCCAAUCCUCAUCCUACAGCUAUUCGCCAUAUUAUGAAGAUGAGAUUCCCCCAUAUUCCUCUUACUCUUACGUGCCAGCUGGAUCCUCUGUUGGGGACCCUGUCCCUGAACCACCUGUUUCCAGGGAAUGUCCCCAAGAAUGCGAAUGCCCACCCAAUUUCUCUUCUGCCUUGUACUGUGACACUCGCAAUCUCAGGUAUCUUCCUUUUGUGCCUUCCCGGAUGAAAUAUGCCUACUUCCAGAACAACCAAAUAGUUGCUAUCCAAGAUGGAGCCUUUGACAAUGCUACCAACCUGGAGUGGCUUGCAUUGCAUGACAACCAAAUAACCAGUGAGAAAAUGGGCAAGAGGGUCUUUGCCAAGCUUAAGAACCUAGAGAGGUUAUACCUUGACCAUAACAACUUGACCAAGAUGCCUACCCCUUUGCCACGGUCACUACGAGAGCUUCACCUGGCUUAUAACCAGAUCUCCAAGGUCCCAUCUAAUGCCCUUGAAGGCCUAGAGAACCUCACUGCCCUCUACCUCAGUCACAACCAGAUCCAAGAAAUUGGUUCAAACCUCAAAGGGUUAAAAUCUUUGAUUCUUGUGGACCUGAGCUAUAACCAACUCAGAAAAGUCCCCGAUGGUCUUCCAGUUGCCUUGGAGCAGCUGUAUCUGGAACAUAAUCAUUUACAUACUAUCCCUGAUGAUUACUUCAAGGUCUCCCCAAAAUUGCUCUAUGUACGUAUUUCUCAUAAUAGCCUGACAAAUGAAGGACUCUCCCCCAACACUUUCAAUGCAAGCAGUCUCCUGGAACUGGAUCUCUCUUACAACAGGCUUCAGAAGAUACCACGGGUCAGCACAAGCCUUGAGAAUCUCUAUCUCCAAGGAAACAAAAUAAAUGAAUUCACCAUCAGCAGCUUCUGCACCAUCAUAGACAUCAUGAAUUUUUCCAGGCUACAAGUCUUGAGAUUGGAUGGGAAUGAGAUACGUCGGAAUAACGUUCCUUCUGACGCCCCACUCUGCCUGCGAUGGGCCAGCGUCAUAGAGAUUUAGCCAUUGCCUUGGCUCCUUUCCUUAACCCCUUCCCUCAUAACAAGGCCAGACCUUUCCUGCGAUCACACGGGAGCAGAGGCCUACUGUCUCAAUUUAACACUGCUUCAUUUGACUCAGCUUCUGCAAUUGUAUAAUGUAGGAGGGAUUGAUAAACUUGACCCAAUAGAUGCUGCCCCAUAUUAGCCAAAGAAGUGACAGCACCUCUCCAGGCAAAAGUCUUUGCCCAACUUCUUUCAGUCUCCCACUUCAGCAACUAAUCUGCUACAGUAUGUGGUCUUCAUAACAUGCUGUCAGGCAGCAUGUGUUUUUCUGUUUGGGUGGGUGGUGGUCAAGCUUUUGUUUCAUUUCAUACGUGUAGCUUUUGAAAUUUGAUGCCAGCUGGGAUGCCUUUGGGGUUUGUUUUUCCUUGUGGGAGGGUUGCAAUGAAAAAAAGUGUGCGCACAUGGUGGGGGCGGAUGAGAUUGAAUCCAAACAAGAUGAAAACAGAUUAUAAACAGUUGGCCACACAGCAAGGAGCUAUUACAGAGACAGGGUGGGGAACUAGGAAAAGAGACAGGGAGAAAGAAAAUUACUGACGGGAUAUGGUCCAGGCCUUUAGCUGGUUUCCAGAGAUGAAUAUAGCUACCCUGGUGCUGACCAAGUAGCAUCCUUAUGGCAUUUUCUCCCCCUCUUUUCAGUUUGUUUUUCCAUGCUGAUUACAACACACAAAGAUACACACAAGGAAUCAAAAGCCCUACAACUACAUGCAACAGCAUAAAAGUGAGGCUAUAUAUCAGAUUUUACCAUGAAGUUACAAAAGCACAGAAAACUGCUAUCGCUCAUAAUGUGCUCACAAUUUACCCUGGAAAGACAAAUGUGUUCCAAUAUUCCUGCAGCUCCAGGAAGAGCAAUUCCCCUCCUCUUCACUAUUCUUACAUUUUCCACAGUGUAACAGACAUGUCUUAGUCUCAAUUUGUUUUUAUUUUUUCCAGUUUUGUGCAAUCAGUCGUGUUUCAGCAGAAAGAUUAAACCCAACAGGGAUUCUGAAGCCAUGGCAUUUAGAUAGAUAGAGAGUGAUCAUUUGAUCAAACAGUAAGAGCGCCCCCAUAAUCAAAUAUAGCAUUAAUUGUUUCACACAAUUGGGCAGGUCCAUCAUAUGUGUAGAAAAUUUCCUCUAUCCACAUGGUGUCUGUAUGAGAAAAAAAUCCAUAGGAAGUGAAUUUUUAUGGGUUUGUAUAUUUCUAAUGACAUUAAGACUCACUGGGGGCUUCUCACACUGCAUAUCACUAACGUCUUCCAGCCUGUGCAGGAGUUUUUUCUACCCUCUGCUAUAAUACAGUUCAGUUUAUUAACUAGUGCUUGCAGAAUACAUAUUUUUUCCAUGUGCUGCUUGGGUGCAUAUAAAGAACACUGCUGGUAUGGAAGCAACAUUCCAGCCAGUUAUAAAAUACAGCAUGAGCCAAGUCAGCAUUAAAAUACCUGGCAAGACUCACCAUCAUUCAGCAAGGUAUAUGACUGGCCCUGCUAGCAUAUUAUGGGAAACUGAGGGCUUUAUAAUUGUACUGCUUUAGAAGUGCCCUUUCAGGUACAGCAAUACAAUAAAAGUUGUAUCCCAAAUUGAUUUGUACAGCAGAAACCCAUUCUAGUGUCCCAUGUGUUUAACUGCAUUUGUUGUAACUUGUUUGCUUGGCUGUAGAAUAAUCUUGGCUGAAUUUCAUACACAUUACAGCACCAAGUCUUGCUCUAAGAAUGUACAGUUUUUUCAUCUUGAGGUUCUUCCUCCUCAUCCAUUGUUUCUAUAUGGCUCACAGAGGGGAGAGAAGGAGAUGGAGAAGAAGGAACAAAUGAGUUUUAUGGGGAGCCUGAGAAGGUCAAAAUGCCAUCAAAACCACCUGUGUUUAAAAUGCAUGCUGACAAUAUAAAAGAAAUAUAUAGAAGUAUAAACUGUAGAUAUCAUUACUGAUCAA